AUAGAAGAAUAAUAGGUAUGUUUUGGUUGUUGUUAAAAUGUAAAUCUAAUUUGAAGCUGUAUCAGUGACUGGAAUCACAAUUCCAAGAUUAUCAAAAGAUGAUUAAAAUAGAUAGCUUUCAUGCUUUCUGCUGUAUAAUACUUGCAUCUGUAAUAUCGGAAUCUACUUAUGCAUGGGUCAGUAUACCUGUUUGUCCUUUGGAAUGUUCCUGUGAAGAAACUACAUGCCCAAGCACUUUGUUACCUUGUUCAAAUGGGGAAGGUGAUAGAUGGAAAACUGCUAUUUGCGAGAAUUUCAGUCGAGAUAUCGUUUCAAAUUUACCCCAAAAUCUGAAUUCCUUAUCCAUCGCUACUCCACUAAAUGAAACUGAAUUUCAGUAUAUUCUGAGUCAAGAUUUUUCUUCACUCCGUGCUUUGUCAGUAUUAUUUCUUGAAAAUGUGGAACUUAAUGUAACAACAUUGCCACCAAAGCAGGGACUUAUUUCAUUGAAUUUAAGUAAUGGUGUGCUUCGUCAAUUUCCAUCAUUUCUGGAACUGUUUCCCAACUUGAAAUUUUGAACAUGAGCAACAAUGCUAUUUCAAUUGACUUGAAUUUAAAUAUGCUUCAUGAAAACUUGGAAGUAUUCGAUCUUUCUCACAAUGGAUUUCAUAAGCUGUCUUUGAGAGGUUUAAAAAAUGUACGGAAGUUAUAUCUUCAAAAUAACCAGCUUGAAAUUCUGCCAAACUUGAUUGGCUUGUCGCAUUUGAAUACUCUGGACGUUUCUAAUAAUAAAUUACUACUUGGUGACUAUUAUGCUGAUCAAAAUAAAAUGGAAACAGCGCAGAGGAAUUGCGCAAUACGCUUACCACCUCUCAUCGAGAAUUUGAAGCUUCAAGGGAAUUCAUUGUGGAAAAUACCAAACGAAGAUUGUGGCCCGCUGGCGGGUCUUACAAAUCUCAAACAUCUCUAUUUAGGAAAUAACCAAUUGAAGACUGUGUCAAGUGAUGAGUUUCCUCGUUCGGUUCAGAAAACUUUGAUUUCAUUGAUGCUAAAUAACAAUCAUAUCAGUUAUUUGAGUCCCGAUGCAUUCCAUGGUUUUAACAACCUCAAAUACUUGUAUUUGUCAAGCAAUUAUUUGAGAAGUAUAUCCUUGGAGGUGUUUGAAUAUAUUGGUAAACAGUUGGAGUUUGAACAAGACAAGGGUGUCAAAAUUAGCAACCAAUCACUAGUAAUUAUGAAAAACAAUCCAAUAUCUUGCGACUGCAUGCAGAAAGAAGUUUGGAAAUUUCUCCAGACUCACGACCAAUCAAUAAUAUCUUCAGAUGAUCUUGUGUGCUCUUAUCCAUACUGGUCAUUCGGAUCAAGGCUGGCUGAUUUAGAAAUUGAAGAUUUGACAUGCUAUAAUGUCACAAUGCAGAAACCGAAAAAUGUAACCUGUAAUGAAUAUGAUAAUUGCAAAAUUUCAUGCAUUUUCGAUGGAUUACCACACCCGGAAACACAGUGGAUAUCACCAGGUGGUAAAGAAAUUUCUAUGGAAUCAUUAUUGCAUGAUGGACAACUGAGAAGUUUGUAUUCUCUCAACAGCGAUGGUCAUGUUCUCACAAUAAAUGAUCUUCGUCUUUCUAAAACUGGGAUUUAUAAAUGUGUUGGCAACAACAGUAUCAGCUCAGUCACUGGUUUUGUGCAAGUGGGUGUAAUUCUUGCUCCUGUUGGAUCUAUUGUUGCAAUCGUUGUUUCCGCUGUCUCAUUCAUGGUUGCUAUUGUACUGAAUAGCGUCAACCUAUUACACUAUUAUUGUCAACAUCUUCGUGACCAAAGAGCUAAAAGGGUGCAAGAGGCGAUGUCAUUCAAAACAGAAUCUCCUAUCAAAUCUAAACGUAAAGGAUUACAUGAGUCGGAAGCUUCACUCAAUGCGAACAAAUAUUACAGAAAGUAUGACUUCACAUGUCAGCAGGUAUUCUUAGAUACUGUUAUUAAAGGUGCUCACACAGUCAAAAGAACUUUGUAUGAUGCAAGGAAUUCUGAAUUUUCUACAAAUGUAUGGGAAUAUGCUUCACACUUGAGAGACCGUCUACACAUUGAAUUGCCUUCUUCGGUACAAUUCCCUCGUGUUUCUAUGCCGAGUAUAUCAAUGCCUACAAUCAGCAUGCCCAACAUCACUAUGCCGAGUAUGCCAAACUUUCAGUCGAUAAACACAAAUAUAGAGAAACUGGGAACAAGUGUGAUGAAUCGCAGUCACAAUCUUGCGACAUCUGUUGGAUCUGUCUUCACUUUGAGAUGGCUGAGAAAUGCAAACAGUGAUAAUGACAGUGAUUCAGAUCUGGAAUCUGCGGGUGUAUCCCAAGUUCAUGUUCACGUCCAUAAAACCAUGGAUGGAUCCACUCCUGGUUUACAAUCAAGUUCUGAAAAUUCACCCGUCACUCAUCCUAAGUUUCCUAAACUAGAAGGAUCAAGUUGGUUGAAAAGAAAGAUGACUAGGCAACCAAAUGCGUCUCGGGAUGACUCAGCAGUUCCAAGAAGAACAAAAUCAGUUCGUUUCUCUGAAGCGCAAAGACCUGAUCCUGGCACAUCUCAUCUGAGACGAAGCGCUAGCUAUUCUAAUAUUACAUCCAUAUCAAGUUCCGAUUUACCCGCUUGUGUGGACGCAUCAAGUCCACCAGAUGAUAUAAUACAAGAAGAUAGAAUAAGAGUAGUAUGCAUCAAUGUUCCAGAAACAUAUCAGUUUGAAACAACUGUGUGAGAAUUUCCACACUUUGAGAAUAUUGGUUUAACUCACAUUUAGCAUUUGUCAAGCAUUAUUCGAUGGCGCUGUUUUCGGGACAAAAUGGCAACUUAUUGCGAGAAAACUAAGUUGAUCAGUCAGUUUUAUUAACCUUUAUUGAUUAAUUACAUUUUCAAUAAUUUGUAUUAUAUAUUAUUAAGGUAUACUCUUUUUUCUGCUGUGUAUUCUCAAAUGAUGGUGUAAUCUAGGGUUUCCCAAACUUUUAAGCUUUCAACCCUUCCAAUAUAUAAAAAUUUUCUGUGACGCCUGUAAAAUCGACAUUGUUAUGCAAUCGCGCCGCUUCUCUGAUCCUAUGUAUUUUCUCGAAAUCAUGAGAUUUAUGUUUUGUACGAUUCUAAAAAAGUACUUAGAUAGAGUGCUCUGCGUGAAAAUGGUAUACACUUUGUGACCCCUGAAGUUCGUUUCCCAGUUCGCGAAGCCCUGGUGUAAUCUACCAUUAAGCACUGUAUUUUCACAGCAAUUACUUUUGUUAUUUAUAUAGUUUCCCUUUUAGCGAGUCUUUGGACAGGCAGUUACAUGUACACAUGCAACUACUAUACUAAGCAGUAAAUUAUAUUCAAACACUUCAAAACAAAAUUCAAAAUAAAAUUUUGUGUCCAUCAGACAAUCAGUAUUAUAUUCGAAUUGAUUUGAACAAUAUUCUUACAUAAUCCCUCACAAUCUUUUGAUAACAGUAUUAAUACAUUACAUAAUCAUUAUAUGGAUUUAUUUCACUUUAUAUAAUUAGAUGAAAAGCAUUAUACUAUUGACUAAAGCUGUUCAAAGGAUAUGUCUGAAUUAAAUUUUGAAAAAGUAUCAUUUUCCGAAUACAGACAAUUGAGAUUACCGCUUUCAAUAUAUUCAACUUCAAUAUUAACGUCUAUGAUAAGACCAUAAUUUAUCUUGUGGAAGAGAAUCUUGAUAAGAUAUCAUGAUAAGACAUGACGUUCUGAUUUAAAAAGGUUUGGUAUAUUGAUCUAUGUAUUGAUUAAAUAUAUCGAAGCAAAAUCCGUUUUUCGAGUUUCUCUGUUAUGUUCUAAAUAAAUAUUUUCUUCGUAUAUUUACAAUGAAAUUGUUAUGAUGCAUAUUUCUAAUAUCUGGUAUAUUCACCAGAACAUACUAUUCUUCUUGUUCAGAGCGAAUGGUCUGUAUUCCUCUCUAUUAUGCUGUUUUCUUGGAUUUCUUCAAUCUAUGUUUGGACCUCCUGAAGUAUGCGCACCAAGAUGGCGCACAACCUGAACUCAGGUUGUGUAGCAGAUUAGGGUUCAGGUCAGGCGACAUCUUGGUGCGCAUACUCCAGGAGUACCCUAUGUUUUGCCUAUCUCCUAACUUGGAUUAUAUUAGUUAAUAUUUAUUGAAAUUUUAAAUGGUUUUGUCCAAGUGUUCGGAGAAACUGAGAGACAUAAUAAAUAGCAUUCUAAGUAGUGACAUAAUCAUUUAAUUAAUUUGAAACUCAUAACUCGUACCUGGAUGCCAUCUAUCCGGCAUAUUACUUCGCUGUAUGCAGGUGCUUACUUUAUUUACAACAAAUUACGAACAAUUUAUUAAUCAGUUCAUUCCAUUGAAUAAAAUUAGUAGAUUUUAUCAGCAUCAAUCAUUUUAGCAUAUCAGUUAGGGUAAUCACUUCAAAAGCUGGUUUGAACUGGUUGAUACCAGUGUUGACAGGGUAUUAUGAAAAAAUACAAGGGGUAUAAUAUGUGAUAUGCAAAUAUGGAUAGAUCCAUGCCGUAGAUUGCAAGGAGGACUGAAUACUAAUAUUAAGGAAAUGUAUUCAUAUUAAAAACCUUCUACUUUUCUAUUGAGUGCUGGUUAUUUGCAAUAUUUCAUGGACCUGAAUUCUUGUAGCAGAGAUAAUAGAAAAUUUCCAUGUCAUGUAUUUUUUCACAUUGUGAUUAUUCUAUCAUUUUGUCUUUUUCACUUUAUUCCUGAUGGCAAAUCUUGCUUUGAAUGAGUUGUUUAUCGAAUUUUUAUUAUGCAAGAGUUUGCAAACACCAGGCGCUCUGAACCAAGAUACUUCUUGUCUUGAUUAUUUCAUUUUUUUGGUCAAAUAUUAGGAUGCAAUGUCUGUUUAUCCGUUGACAUGGAUUGGUCGUGGAUUUUACGCUUUAAUAGGACUUUUCACUCCCCAGAUGGUAAUUUCAUGCUUUGUACAAAAAUUGAGAAAUUAAAAAAUAUUGUUUUGCUUCUAGAAAAAUCUUUUUGUGAUGUUUCAUCUGAACAUUUUAAGGUUGUUUUUGGGCAAUAUUUCAACUAUAUAAAAGAAAAAGGAAUUUUCAAGUUUUAGUCAAUAAAUAUACAUCAUAAAGUAGGAGGUAAAAGAUUUUUCCUCAAUUAAACUCUGUAAAUAACUUGUUCUAAAUGUGGAUUGUAGUUAAAAUCUUUCAUCUGGGAACAUCUGACCAUAUUAAAAGUCCAAGUUACAGAAAUUAAUUUUCUCAGAUGUAUGGGGAUCCACUAAAUUGCGGCCAUUUGUUUCACUCUGAUGUUGAAAAAAAAAUUUCUGUGUAUUGAAUUGCUGGCGAUUCAAAUACAUAUAUAGUAGUGUUGUUGACUGAUGUUGUCAAAUCUGAAAUUAUCAAAUGUGAAAUUGCUAUUUUCUGCUAGUUAUUUGGUAAUGGAAAUUUAAAUAUAUGCUCUAUCAUACUUAUUUCACUCCCGCAAUCUAUAAAGCUUUAAAAAGUAUUCAAGUUUUUGUCGUAUAUGUGUACCAAAGUUUAGGGGCUCCCGAAGUAUGCGAACCAAGAUGGCGGACAUCGGAAUGUAAUAUGUGUACUAGGUUAGGGUCAGGCCAUAAUUUUAGGUAUAAAUACUACUAGAGGCUUUUGGCUAAUCUUCGUACUGAUAAUAGGACUAAAAUAAGGAAAAUUGGAAAAAAAUUAUCGCCUCACCCUAACCUGUUACCCAUGUUACGUUCCGAUGUCCGCCAUCUUGGUUCGCAUACUCCGGGAGACUCAAAGUUAAUCUGCACUAUUUUUUUUCCAAUUUAUGUUUUUUUCUUGAUUUUUGAUGACAGUUAUUGUUAAUAUAAAACAUAUUUGUCUUGAAACACAAUCUCAAAAUUAAGUUGAAUAAAUUGAUUGCUGCAAA